UCCCGCCAUCUCUCCGUUGUCCUCUCCACCGACCAAGUGUUGCAAGUGCAUGCGCGUCACUGGUUUGCGGCGGCGAUAUGGGCAAGCACAACCACCACGACGUGGAGGCGCCGGCCGCCGGCGGCAGCAGCUUCCCGCCGCCGCCGCCGGCGGUAGGCGUCGCCGGCGUGGCGUGCACGUACAUGAUCGAGAGGCCGGAGCUCCGGUGGGCGUUCAUCCGCAAGGUGUACGCGAUCGUGGCGACGCAGCUGGUGGUGACCGUCGCCAUCGCCGCCGCCGUCUACUCCGUCCCGGCCAUCCGCCGCUUCUUCCUCGCCCGCACGCCGGCGUCGCUCGCCGCCUUCGUGCUCGUCAUCGUCGCCCCCCUCAUCGUUAUGCUGCCGACGAUGUUUCUCCGUAAGAAGCAUCCGAUCAACCUCAUCCUUCUAGCAUUGUUCACCAUUUGCAUGAGCUGCGCCAUUGGCCUGGGCUGCCUCUCUUCCAAAGCCGGCAUUGCUAUAAUCGAAGCGGCAUCCCUAACGUUCGGGCUGGUGUUCGGCCUGACGCUCUACACAUUCUGGGCGGCCAAGAGAGGCCAUGACUUCAGCUUCCUCCGCCCCUUCUUGGUCGCGGCCUUCCUCGUCCUCGUCCUCUACGGUCUCAUCCAGAUGUUGGUGCCAACGGGGAAAGUGGCGACGACGGUGUACGGGUGCGUGGCGGCGCUGGUGUUCUCCGGCUUCAUCAUCUACGACACGGACAAUCUGAUCAAGAGGCACGCCUACGAUGAGUACGUCACGGCUGCCAUCUCGCUCUACCUUGACACCGUCAACAUCUUCAUUGCCAUUUUCACUGCACUCGACGCUUCAGAUUCAUAGAAUAUAUCUCUAGAGUUUGUUACUAGUAGUUGUUACCCUGCUGAAAAGCAGCAGCCAGUAACUAUAACUCUUUAUAGGGAAAACAUAUGUAGUUAUCGUAUUGCAUUCCAAUGUAUUAGCCAUGAAUUUGAGGUAAAUAUGAACCAUUACAGUAAUAAUAAUAAUGUACGUGGCUUA